CUGCAAGAAGCAAUAACUUCUCUUAUUCCCAGUUUCGCUUUCUCUCCCAAAUCCCGUUUCGCCUGAGAGAGAAACGAGCGCUCGGGACCCCCCACCCCGCUCUCUCAUGUCUGCGGCAGAGGAGGGGCCAGGCACUGGGGAACCGCGAGGGGCGGUAGCGGGCCAACCGCCGCAACGGGAGGGGGUCGCGGAUGGCUGUAGGGGGCAACGCCAUUCCCACCCUCCGCCACUGCAGGAGACUGAGGGAAAGACGGGCGGUUCCCUGGCUGCUGAGGUGAAGCGGCGCCGCCCGGACGAAGAGGAAGGGGUCGCGCUGCUGCUGAGUGAGGUGGAGGAAGAAGACGGCGACGACUGCGGCGACUCGUCCCCAGCUGCGGGGGCCUCGCUGGGCUUCUCUGUCUUGCGCUGGUGGCGGCGGCAGAAGCGGCGUCUCCUCUCUCCUUCGCCGUCCCCACUGGGGACCCAGUGCUGCCCCUGCGCGCCCGACCGCUCCUUCGCGCACUGUUGUCAUGGAGGAGCCAAGAUGGCGGCCCUGGCCUACACCUUGGGCAAGCGGGAGAUCAACCACUACUUCAGCGUGAGGAGCGCCAAGGCGUUAGCGCUGGGCGCCGUCCUGCUUCUCGCCGCCUGUCACGUCGUCUCCCGCCGGUACCAAGGUGAUGACAGUUGCAAGCACCUUCUCUCUAGUGGAAGAUUUCUUGGGGAGAACGUAUGGCAGCCUCACAGCUGUAUGAUGCAUAGAUAUAAGCAGAGUGAAGCAAAAACCUGCCUUGUAGACAAGCAUAUUGCAUUUAUAGGCGAUUCUAGGAUUCGUCAGCUGUUCUACUCAUUUGUAAAACUCAUAAACCCUCAAAUUAAGGAGGAUGGAGUCAAGCAUGGAAACAUUCCUUUUGAAGACAAAUCUUCUUCACUUAAAGUGGAAUUUCUGUGGUAUCCAGAAGUCAAUGGCUCUAUGAAGCAACUUAUCAAAUCUUGGACUGAAGGUUCUUCUCCAAAACCUCACGUAAUUGUAGCAGGAGCUGCUGUGUGGUCCAUCAGUAUUCACAAUGGCAGCAAUGAAGCCCUCACACAGUAUAAAAUCAAUGUCACAUCAAUUGCCCCUCUUCUGGAAAAACUAGCAAAGAGCAGUGAUGUCUACUGGGUCUUACAAGAUCCGGUUUAUGAAGAUAUGUUGAGUGAAAGCAGAAAAAUGAUCACUAAUGAGAAAAUAGAUGCCUACAAUGAAGCAGCAAUCAGUAUUCUGAACAGCAGCUCAAAAAACUCAAAAGCUAGAGUAAAAAUCUUCAGUGUAUCUAGGCAGAUAGCAGAAGAAACUAUAAGUCAGUCCUCGGAUGGUAUACAUCUUCCUGAAUCAAGCAGAGAAAUAAAUGCAAUGAUUCUGAUAAACAUCCACUGCAACAAGAUUAUAAAACCCAUUGAUGGUUCAUGCUGCCAGCCUCAAUCUCCCAUCACUUUGAUACAAAAGCUAGCCUUUUGUUUUUUUGCUUCUUCCAUAAUUGGAUAUUUAAUUCUCAUUCUCAUUCGUCGUAACAAUCACCGAAAGAACAAGCCAUGCACAGAUAUGGAGAGUGGAGAAGAGAAAAAAACUGCCACGAAUACUCCAGCAGUUUCUACUCUAGAGACACUCUUGCAAUGCUUAUGCAAACUUGGUUUGAUAAUGGGUUACUUCUACCUUUGUGACAGAGCAAAUCUGUUUAUGAAAGAAAACAAGUUCUACACUCACUCGUCCUUUUUUAUACCAAUCAUCUAUAUCCUGGUGUUAGGAGUAUUUUACACUGAAAAUACUAAAGAGACUAAGGUGUUAAAUAGGGAGCAAACAGAUGAAUGGAAAGGCUGGAUGCAGCUUGUCAUUUUGAUCUAUCAUAUCUCUGGAGCAAGCACUUUUCUGCCAGUAUACAUGCACAUCCGUGUAUUGGUUGCUGCAUAUCUAUUCCAAACGGGCUAUGGGCAUUUCUCAUACUUCUGGAUUAAAGGAGAUUUUGGCAUUUAUAGAGUGUGUCAGGUUUUAUUUCGACUGAACUUCUUGGUUGUGGUGUUGUGCAUAGUUAUGGAUCGGUCUUACCAGUUCUAUUACUUUGUUCCUCUAGUCACUGUCUGGUUUAUGAUCAUAUAUGUUACAUUAGCUCUGUGGCCUCAAAUAGUCCAGAAGAAGGCCAAUGGCAAUUGCUUCUGGCAUUUUGGUUUACUGCUGAAACUAGUUUCCCUCUUCUUCUGUAUAUAUUUUCUAGCCUAUUCUCAGGGUGUAUUUGAGAAGAUUUUUUCUAUUUGGCCAUUGUCCAAGGGUUUUGAACUAAAUGGGAACAUCUAUGAAUGGUGGUUUAGAUGGAAACUAGAUCGAUAUGUCGUUUUUCAUGGGAUGUUGUUUGCUUUUAUCUAUCUAACAUUUCAGAAACGGCAGAUCCUGUCAGAAGGAAAGGGGGAGCCGCUCUUUCCCAACAAAGUUUCAAAUGUUUUAUUAUUUAUUUCAGUAGUUUCUUUUUUGACUUACUCUAUCUGGGCCAGCAGCUGUAAAAACAAAACUGACUGCAAUGAAAUGCAUCCUUUGGUUUCAGUUGUGCAGAUUUUAGCUUUCAUCCUUAUCAGGAAUAUACCUGGCUAUGCUCGUUCUGUAUAUAGUUCAUUUUUCGCUUGGUUUGGCAGAAUUUCACUUGAGCUCUUCAUCUGUCAGUACCACAUCUGGCUGGCUGCAGAUACCAAGGGAAUCCUGGUCCUAAUUCCAGGCAAUCCUAUGCUCAACAUUAUUGUCAGCACUUUUAUAUUUGUUUGUGUGGCACAUGAAAUUUCCCAGAUCACAAAUGAUCUCGCGCAGAUUGUUGUUCCAAAAGAUAGUGCAAUUCUGCUGAAAAGGUUGUUCUGUGUAGGUGGCUUUUUUUCUGGACUUCUCUUUUUAUCAGCAGUUCAAGAACAAUCAAGGCAUUAACUUCCAGUAAAUCCUUAGAGCUUAACUUCAGGCUUAUGUUAUAUCUGCCUGAGCCAAAACUAAAGACCUAAGACUGGAAUUAUAAAAAAAACACCCACAUCUUCCAUGUGUCUUGAGCUACAGAGGAAAGAAAUAAAAAUAAAGUCUACUGAACAUAUACGUGGUGGAAAUGUCACUACUUUGCAUGGGGAUAUUCACCCACCAAAGGAAAAAGAAACAGAAGUGCACUGUACACUGCUGCAUGUGAAAAAAGAUAACUUUUCUACUUGAGCAUUUUUUUUGUUUACAUCUCUCUCUAAAGAUAGCAAAAAAAUGGAGCGAGAUUAGCUCAAGAAGCAUUGAGACUAUUGCAUCAAUUUUACCUUGAGCCACUAUCGAAUGGUUAAUAACUACUAGCAUACUGUAGUUAAUGUAUUUGUACAUUUCAAAGAACUGCUUUUAUUGGAAGAAGUAAAAUAAUCUGGCCCUGGAGUCUUAAAGGCAGUUAAAUUCCUGUCAGUUUACUUACAUUUAUUUAUUGUCUGUGGACAGCAGCAUAAUGAAUGGCUUAAAGGCUUCAGACUUGUCUUCAAAACGGACAGCAUUGAUGUGUGAUCAGAUUUUCCUACAAUUAUCGGAGAGUUUCUGAAGUUAAUAACUUGUUUUACUGGUUCCUGCUGUGGUAGCCAGCAUGGUGCCUCCAGAUGUUGUGGAGUACAACUUCCAUUAUCCUUGACCACUGGCUAUGCUGGCUGGAGCUUAUAAGAACUGUAGCAUGUCACCUCUGGAGGGCACUAUGUUGCUACUCCUGGAUUACUGUUUCAAUGUAGCUAAUACGUAUGGAGGAAACCCUUCAAGCACUGGGGGGAAAUGAUCACAAUGUAUAAUCUUAAUAUCCAUGUUUACAAAGUAUAUAGCAUAGCAUUUCAAUGAAGAUAAUUUUCAGUAAUUUUCUUAUGUUUUCCUAAUUGAUAUUCAUUUUGAAUGUUUUGAGUAGUUUUAUUUUGAUGUUUCUAAAAAUUGUUGCUUUGUCUUCAGUGUUUCCAGUUUACAUAAUCAAUGCUUUGUAUCUUAAAAUAUUAGUGGCAAAAGUUCACCGAAAAUGAAAAGUCCCCUGCCAUUCUCCUGCUAUUUCUCCCUUCAGUCUCUUAUCAUAGCAUUGCACUCGUAUCCUAUGAAAUUGAGGUAGCUAGACUACUGUUCAACUCUGUUCCUCUUUCCACAACUGAAAAGAACUCCAUAGGACUUGAAAAUAACUCCAUAGGAAUAACUCCAUAUCAAAAUAACUCCAUAUCACACACACUUCAGUGAAGAGUUCAAGCACCUAGCUAUGAAUAUCAUGUGUAAUGAUAAUGCUGUUUUAUUUUCGUAGGAAGAGGUUUUUAUCUUGCUUUAGAUUGCAUGAGGGGAGAAAAAUUAACUGCAACCUAUAUGUUAGAAUCUCAAAUGACUGUUUUGAAAGGGCUGCAAACAGACAAUGUGUUAAAAUCAGCGUGGUUUCUUUUUGAAACGAAUGGUCCAUAAGGAAGAAUGGGUGAUUUUUUUCUAUCUUUGAUGGACAGAUGAAGCAGCUUUAAAUUCUAAAAUGAUAUGUUUUAACCCUUAAGGAUACUUUCAUUUCUAGUUUUAUUCUUAAUCUCAUCUAUUUACACUCUUAAGCGUGCUGUGCAGAUGUGGAACAUACAGCAGUUCAGGUUGAAGGAAACAGAUUGCAGCUUAAUGGAACUGAUUUUUAUCCUUUUGAAUAUUUAAUUCUAGCCUUUGACAGGUGCAAGCUAAGUUGAAGUAGCAAUAAGAGUACAAAUCCUAGACAGCAUCUAUACAUCACAUUAGGAUCAUGCUUCAAAGUAACAUAUGCACAUUCAAGUUUCCUUUUCAGAAGUGACCCCUUGAAUACCCUCAGAUUGCUCUUUGAGCCAUGUGAAAUUCAAAAGGCAGAUUGGGGAUUAGUGCACAGUUAGUGCAUAGGGAGAUAGUGUAGAUACAUUAGUGAUAUUUUGCCCCUUUAAGAAGUUCUUGUGACUGGGCUACACCGAUAGGAGUUUUAAAUAGGAUUUUUAGGUUGCUGAGGGGAAGGUACCUUCUGCAAAGGGAGCUCUUCUUAAAAGAAAGAACAGGUUCACCUGCAGGAAUUGUGCACGUGAUCUUUUGAGUUUUGGCCCCAGCAGCUUGUCCUUGCUAUGUUUAUAUGAGGCAUAUGGUUUAGCACUUGGAAGAAUGAAUAGACUGUCGUUUUCUAUGCAUAUGUGCAAUUAUAUGAAAUGAUGAACAAUACGGCUUUUAAUUUAUCGAGGGUGCUUUUUAUGUAUACCUUGACAGGGACAACUUUGGAAUCCUGUCACAGAAAGUCAUACUGAAACAUAAUUACUGGGGGGAAAUUCCAAUAAAAAUGAUGGAUCUCAAAUUGACUGCAUAUAAUGCUUAAGUUGAACAGCUGUGUUAAGCUGCACUGUGCAAGCUCUGUAUUUUCUCAGUUGCCAGUUUAUUUACAAUCGUGUAAAAAUGUAAUUGGUGCAUUUGAUUCAUUGUUUGUUUCACUUCAGUUUAGCUGAGCACUACAGUGAUGGUUGGCAAGUCCAUGGGCUGCAUGUACAAAUAACACCUGUAACAUUAAGGAUAACAGAACUUUAGUUAGGUGUGGGAUUUUUUUGGUUAUGUUUAUAAACCAAGUAUUGUAGAUAUUUUAUUUAUCUGUUGUACAGAUUUGGUUAAAGAUUAUUUUUUAGGUUUGAAAUAUUGCACUUGUUUGCUGUUACUGUAUGUGGGAUAAAAUAUAUUUCCUUUUAAAGUUAUGUGAAAAAUAUGAAGUAAUUUAAA